AUGGUCCAUACAAACACAUCCACUGCUGCUUACGUCGAUGCCGAGGACGCUCACUUCCAGGAGGAGGUCGCCAAAGUCAAGGCCUGGUGGGCCACUGAUCGCUUCAAACUUAUCACUCGCCCUUACUCUGCAGAAUCUAUUGUCUCAAAGCGUGGUACUAUCCAAACAGAUUAUGCCUCCAACAUCCAGGCCAAGAAGUUGUGGAAGCUUCUCAAGAACCACCGCAAGAACGGCACUGCUUCCCACACUUUCGGCGCCUUGGACCCCAUCCAAGUUGCUCAGAUGGCCAAGUACAUUGAGACUGUCUACGUCUCUGGUUGGCAAUGCUCGUCCACCGCCUCAACCUCAAACGAACCCGGCCCCGAUCUGGCUGAUUACCCCAUGGACACUGUACCUAACAAGGUCGAACAUCUCUUCUUUGCUCAACUCUUCCAUGACCGUAAGCAGCGUGAGGCCCGUUUGACAGCCCCCAAGGCCCAGCGCACCAAGAUGGCCAACAUUGACUUCUUGCGCCCCAUCAUUGCUGAUGCUGAUACUGGUCAUGGUGGUAUCACCGCCAACAUGAAGCUCGCCAAGAUGUUUGUUGAGCGUGGUGCUGCUGGUAUUCACUUGGAAGAUCAAAUGGCUGGAACCAAGAAGUGCGGCCACAUGGCCGGUAAGGUUCUUGUCCCUAUCUCUGAGCACAUCAACCGUCUGGUUGCCAGCAGAGUACAGUUCGACAUCAUGGGAGUUGAAAACUUGAUUGUUGCUCGUACUGAUUCUGAGGCCGCCACCCUUAUCACCUCCAACAUCGAUCCUCGUGACCACGCCUUUAUUCUUGGAGCCACCAACCCCAAGCUCCAGCCUCUGGUUGUCGUCAUGGCAGAUGCUCAGGCUGCUGGUAAGAACGGUGAUGACUUGCAAGCUGUUGAGGACAACUGGGUCAAGGAGGCCAACAUCAAAUUGUACCGUGAUGCUGUUGCGGACGAACUCAAGGCCAAGGGCAAGCAGGCCAAGGUCAAUGAGUGGUUGUCCAAGUCCGAGUUCCUUUCCAAUCCUGAGGCUCGUCAGCUCGCCAAGGAAUAUGGUGUCGAAGUCCAUUGGGACUGGGAUCUUCCCCGUACUCGCGAGGGUUACUACAGAUACCAGGGCGGCACUCGUUGCGCCAUCAACAGAGCUGUUGCCUUUGCUCCUUAUUCUGAUCUUCUCUGGAUGGAGACCAAGUCGCCCAUCUUGGCCCAAGCUACUGAGUUCGCUCAAGGUGUCUUGGCCAAGCAUCCCGAUAUCAUGCUUGCCUACAACUUGUCUCCUUCGUUCAACUGGGAUGCUGCUGGCAUGACCGACAACGACAUGCGCACAUUCAUCAGCGACCUUGGCAAGCUCGGUUUCUCCUGGCAAUUCAUCACUCUUGCUGGUUUCCACUGCAAUGCUCUCGGUGUUGAUGUUUUUGCUCGUGAGUUCGCUGACAAGGGCAUGUACGCCUACGUUAAUGGCAUUCAGCGCCAGGAGCGCCAUAACAGCGUCGAGACCUUGGCACACCAAAACUGGUCGGGUGCUAACUACUAUGACAACUUGAUCAAGACUGUUACUGGUGGUGUCUCCUCUACUGCUGCUAUGGGUGCUGGUGUCACUGAGACCCAAUUCUCUCACUAA